CCAUCCAGAUCUAAAGUUACUGUUGGCGGUAGUGCUAAAUGAGCACUUUCACCAAAUAGAGCUAACAUUUCUUAAUAAUCAGAAAAAUUAUCAACUUUUAACACUAAGUUGAUGAGGAAGGACUAAGCUGUAUAAUAAAAUAAUUAAUUAAGUUUUAAAAAGAGACUUUCUACAUAAAGUUAAGAUGAUGAUUCUAAAUUUAAAUUAUUAAGAGAAUCAUUAUACAAAAUUGAGAAAGGAGCUUAAAAUGAAAAAAUAAUUUCAGAAUAAUAAUGAAAGACUGGUGAUGAAAAAAGUAACUGUAGAAAAGAAUUUAUUUGAAAUUGGAGAUGGGGUUUUAUCAAUAUAAUAAGAAGUUGAAGAAAGAACAAAGACACAUGUUGUUGUUAGCAUUAUUUUUAGGGAGGAGUAAAACCAAAAUUCUAUUAAAAAAACUUGGAGAUUCUAUUUUGAAAUUAUAAGAAAUCUUAAGUUAUGA